AUGGCCAGCAUCAUCCGAAAGUCAAGAGGAUUUCUCUUCCCCAGGCAGCUGCUGCAGGUGGUGGAGGGGCAGGUCCUGGUGCUCAAUGGCCGAGGCCAUCUCCUGGGCUGCCUGGUGGCCAUCGUGGCCAAGCAGGUGCUGCUGGGCCUGAAGGUGGUAGUGGUGCACUUGGAGGGCAUCAACGUUUCUGGCAGCUCCUACAGAAACAAGCUGAAGUACCUGGCCUUCCUCUGUAAAUGGAUGAACGACAACCCAUUGCAUGGCCCUUGCCACUUUCGAGCCCCCAGCCGCAUCUUUUGGCCGACCGUGCGGGGCAUGCUGCCCCACAAGACCAAGCAAGGCCAGGCCGCCUUGGACCACCUCAAGGUGUUUGAUAGGAUCCUGCCGCCCCAUGACAAGAAAGAGCAAAUGGUGGUCCCUGCGGCCCUCAAGGUGGUGCAUCUGAAGCCCACAUGGAAGUUUGCCUACCUGGGGUGCCCGGCCCAUGAGGUCAGCUGGAAGUACCAGGCAGUGACGGCCACUCUGGAGGAGAGGAAGGAGGCCAAGAUCCAUCACCGGAAGAAAAAGCAGCUCAUGAGGCUACGGAAACGGGCCGAAAAGAAUGUGGGGAAGAAAACUGACAGAUACAUAGAGGUCCUCAAGACCCACGGACUCCUAGUCUGA